AUGGCUUCUACGAUGGUGAUGUCUGGUAUGGAGGUCACCGAGUCCGUCUCUAACAUCAAACUCAGUGAAGCCCAGCGAGAGGCUGAACAGACGCCCUCGGAGCCUAUACAGCCCGCUCAGCCCCGUGGAAACUACGAUGUUGAUGAGAGCAUGAGAGCCUGCGAGUUGGAUUGUCAAAAUUAUGCCAUGUCGACGUGGGGCAAGACCGCCAAAGUCAUCGUCGAGGUAUCCUCCGGAGAAGAGAGAACCUACUUCCUCAAGGUUGUUACGAUGGGUGCCCCGGGGAAGCAUAUGUGCGAAGGCGAAUUUGAAUCUCUGAAAACGAUUCACACUCCGGCAAGUCCUAUGAAGCUCGCAGCUGGCCUGGCCAAUCUACAUAAGGAAUCUGUAUCUCCCACCGGAAAGUUUGGCUUCCACAUUGCUACCUGUCACGCCAGGGUUGCUCAAGCGGUCGACACUUGGGAAGACUCAUGCAAACAGACAUACAUAAGGCAAUACAAAUCCCGGCUUCCAGUGUCACCUCCCAACGAUGACUGGGAUGCCCGCAAUAUCCUCUCCUCGCUGACGUUCAAUAUCGCCAAUACUAUCUACAUACCCGGGUCAUACCAACGACAGGUGGUCUAUGAUGAUAUGACGACGUUGUGUAAGAUGUUUCGCGCCCAUUACCUCAAACGAGACUUGAAAAGUGUUGGUAGCAUUGAUUCUGAGAACGAGCAAGCAACAGCGGGCAUGGACGCUGAUGAAGAGGAUGGGGAAGAGGAGCUCGAGGAAGAGGAGGAAGAAGAGGAGGAGGUGGAAGAAUAA